GUGUUAAAGCUAAGAUGCAGGUAUGGAACUUCCAAGGCGGUGAAAAGAUCAUUCCGGCAGAAUUAUCGAAAUUUAUCAUUUUUUGCUUGAUUGUCGUAGAUACUUAUCGAGGACAUACCUUCAUCAACUCCCCCCAACAUUCCAUCUUGUCGCAACCUACACAACCAUAUAUUAAUUGAUCGCGCACAUAUCCAAAUCAUCUGAACCAUGGGUAAAGCAGCUAAAACCCGCAAAUUUGGCGCUGUCAAACGAGUAAUCGGACAACGGGAUGCGCGUCUCAAGGAAAACAAAGACAAAGGAGAAGAAGGAGCCAAUAAACCCAAGGAACUUGUUCGAGAAGCUCCUCAAGUCUCGUCCGCGCUCUUCUUUCAAUACAACGAAGCUCUCGUCCCUCCAUAUUCGAUCCUCGUUGAUACCAAUUUCCUCUCUCAUACCGUCCAACGCAAGCUUCCUCUUCUGGAAACCCUCAUGGAUUGUCUCUACGCUAAAUGUAUUCCCAUCAUUACCUCCUGCGUCAUGGCCGAAUUGGAAAAAUUAGGUCCAAGAUAUCGUAUCGCCCUUCGAAUUGCCCGUGAUGAGAGAUGGCAAAGAUUACAGUGUGAUCACAAGGGGGUUUAUGCAGAUGAUUGUAUCGUGGACAGAGUACAGAAGCACAAGAUUUACAUUGUGGCAACGAACGAUAGGGAAUUGAAGAGAAGAAUCAGAAAGGUUCCUGGUGUGCCCAUUAUGAGUGUGGCAAGAGGAAAAUAUGUCAUUGAGAGAUUACCAGACGCUCCAGAGAAAUAAAGUCUCGGGAACGAUAGAUGGAUCAUGGUAGCUUGGGGUAAUGCAUAUCCGGAAGUCUGGCGUUCAGGAAAGGGAAUUCAAAAUUCUUCAAAGAUAUUGGGAUUGGCUUGGGAAAAUCGUAUGGAGCCUCAUGUACUUGAGAGUCUUGAAUUUAUGUAUUUCAAACAUAUGAUCUUAUGGAAUGCUUAUUGUUAUUCAAACACGUGCUGCCCAUUCAAUCAACACGGUCAGCGUCGCGUUGGCUAUAUGGACCAAAUCGAUCAAGAAUCUACUGCUACUA